UUUCAGGAAUGGGUAGAUUCACUGUUCCUCCCCUACCUCAAGAGUCUCCUAUAGGGUCCCGGGUGAGGUUUACCUGUAAAGUGAACUCUACUCCACCCACGAACAUCACCUGGCUAAAGGAUGGCCAGCCACUACCUCAAAACACCAAUAGAUAUGCUGUUCUUCCGACUGGUACUUUACAAAUCUAUGACAUCACAACAGAGGAUGCCGGCGCUUAUCGAUGUGUCGCUACAAAUGCGGCCAAUAGAAAACAGAGUGACGAGGCUCAACUGACGAUUAAAAGACAAGAAUCCAGUACAUUUGCAAUGUUAACAACUCCAGAAAACCAGAAUAAGCGCGUGGGGGAGGUUGCUGUAUUAGAGUGUGGAGUGGCAACCUAUGACAAAUCACAGGGAAAACCUACAGUAACAUGGACUAAGAUAGGUGGAAGCUUGGAACGAACUCGUCGUUUACUCGAUAGUCUCGUAAUUGAUAAUGUUCAACCUGAAGAUUCUGGUUAUUACAAUUGCACAAUUGCUUCACCCCAACUUCCAUCAGUUAAACAAUACAAAGCCUUUAUCAAUGUACUGAAACCACCAAGAUUGACCCUUGAUGAUACUGAUCCUAUAGUGGAGACCAAAGUUACACAAAACAGAAGAAUCAGAUGCGUAACAACAGGAAACCCAAAACCUAAAAUAACUUGGCUUAAAGAUGGUAAACCUCUGACUAUUAAUGGCAGAAUCAGGGAGUUUCAAACAUCCUCAAAGAAAGCUGUGAGUAACGGAUGGCGGGAGCUUCUGAUUGGUCAUAUUACUAGAGCUGAUGCCGGAUACUAUCAAUGUGUUGCGAGAAAUUCCAUCGGUAUAACACUGAAGACGAUCAAGCUGUCUGUACAGUUAGAUGAAAAUCGCCCAUUACCACCCAGUAAUUUACGAGCUAUUGCACUGAGCUCGGACACCGUUAGACUGUCAUGGGAGUUACAAGAGACAUACAAUGGAACAAAGCCAUUAUUUACAAUUCACUAUUACCCAACGGAAGGUGAGACGAAGAAAGAAAAACAAAAACUCAUUCGGAAUUCUGAAAAGAGUAGUGAACUGAUCAGAGAUCUGCAGCCAUAUACGAACUAUAGCAUCUAUAUGAAUGUAUAUACAUCUGUCCGAGAUCAGUCAUUCCGCCCUAGUGAUCGUUCGGUGACUGUUGUAGUGCUGACAAAGGAGGGUGUUCCACGUGCAGCCCCUACUGUAACCCUAACUUCCAGUAAUAGCUCUACAAUACAUGUGGCCUGGACAAGAGCAGACCCUGUCACUGCCCAAGGUAGAAUAGUGGGCUAUAAGGUCCUCUACAGGGAACAUGGAACCAAUUCCCAGAAGAUGAGAGAUGUAGAUGGUGCAGAUAAUCUGGAAUAUACCCUUACAGGUCUUAAAGCCAAUGUUAUCUAUGAUGUGCGUGUUGCCACGGUAACAACUGCAGGAUUUAACAGAUACCUAGAUGAGUCGAUUUGGCCUUGGGUCAGUCUUAAUACACAAAGUACCGAUACUAAUAAUCCAGAUCCCCAGCCAUCGAGAAUCAUCCCUCCCGUACAAGAUAUUACACCAGUAUAUAUAGUACCCAAUCAUGGGCCUCCUUUUGACAUUACAUGGGAGAUACAGAGCAGUGGUCUGUUGCGUCUGAUGUGGAAACCCCCAAAGGGGCCCCACAGUGAAAUCCUAAAGUACCAUGUUUUCUACACAUAUGAUGCAGAUAAGCCUAUUGACAAUUGGAUGAUAACAUCUAUUCCUGGUGAAUUAAAUCAAGCAGAGUUUAUAGAUUUACAACCAGGGACGGGAUACACAUUCAAGGUACGUGCGAUCAUGUCUCUGGGGGAGAUUAGCGAGCCAUCGGAGAGUGUCUUGGUGACGAUGCCCCGCUGUAUUCUCAAUGUGUGUGUCCCCCUGACAGUGGAACAAAGACCGUUACUCUCAGAUCGCACCAUCGGCAUUAUUAUAGGCGUGAAUAUUGGUGGGGUUUGCAUCAUCAUAUGUGCUAUUAUCAUAGCUUGCAAAAAUAAAUGUUUCCCUUUGGCGCCUCAACGCUGUAUCCAUGGUUACCCUGCCAACUAUAUUCACCAUGGCAACGGAAAUGGGCAUGUAAUGAAUGGGCACAUUCCGAACUCUGGAAUGACCCACUCUGGUACUGACCUUGCAGAUGUGGACUGUUACACACCUGUAAUGCCCCCACUUUCGCAACAACUCAGACAGGAGGCUGGGUUGGAAGGUGAUACAGAUAGAGAAACCUCUGGGGACACACAGCAGGAUAAUCCACCUGUGGUGAACUGCCACACAAGACUUUUAGAUGAUGUUCAGCGAUCAUCUAGAGUACCAGUUGAUGACCUAAAUGAUAUUGAUAAUGAUGACCCUGAUGACCUAAAUGAUGUAGAUCCACCAAUAGAAAUGACAACAACCUCUAUAGUACCUCCAUAUACCUCUAAUAUAGACAUGGACCAAAACUAUUUGGAUGACCGUUUUAAAUCUGGCCAACAUUGUCUUGGUACUUUCUCAGCUGUGCCAGGCACGGGUCAAACUGACCCAACUUUGACCAAGCUCCCAGGUCGAACUGACCCAACUUUGACCUCACUCCCAGCACAGAGGGAGCAUACUCAGACCAUGUUCAAUCAGGGAGAAGAUAGCAACUCAGUUUCCUUAGAAUCCCUUAAUAUGAGUUUCAGACCUGAGAAUGGAUUGUCCACUAGUGUUGUAUAAGGAAGCACUUAAGUGACAUCUCAGGCCAAUAAGCCAGACACUCAAAGGUCCUAUAUAGACGGGAUUGCAGGAAUUAAGAUAGAUGUACAAUAGUCAGGAGGAUUUUUAUACCACUCAGUUUUCAGAGAUCAGCACAUGCAGAGAAUCAGGUUUAGAAAUCAGGUAUACAAACUUACUACCUUCAAAGUCUAUGUAAUAGGCUGGACAUUACCUUCACUGGGUCUAUUGGUAGGAGACCAAAUAUUACCUUAAGGUCUAUGUUAAGUAGACUAAACAUUACUUUCGUUCUGCACAUAGUAAACCACACUACCAUUACGAUAUGAGUGCUAGACCAUCCUAUCUUGAACAUUUUUAAACUGAACCAUACUACCUUCAAAAUACACAUGCAAGGGAAUUAUCUACAUGCUAGACCAAACUACCUUCAAAGUCUACAUGCUAGACCAUGUUUUCAAGUCCAUGCCAGACCAUACUACCCUCAAUGUCUACAUGGUAGACCAGGCUACCUUAAAAGUAUUACAACCAUACUACUUUUAAGUCUCCAUGCUAGACCAUGCCAGACCAAUCUACCUUCAAAGUCUACAUGCUAGACCAUGUUAUUUUCAGGUUUCCAUGCUACCUUUGAAGUCUUCUUGCUAGACCAUGCUUUCUUCAAGUCUCCAUGCAAGACCACGCUACUUUCAAGUCUCCAUGGUAGGCCAUGCUUUCUCUCCAUGGUAUACCAUGCUUCCUUCAAGUCACUAUGUUAAACCAUGCUUUCUUCUAUUCUCCAUGCUAGACCAUGCUAUUUUCAAGUCUCCAUGCUUGAUAAUGCUAUUUUCAAGUCUCCAUGCUUGACCAUGCUA